AUGAAUUAUUUAAGCCCUAAUGUGAAGAAAGGCAAUUUCACUGAACAAGAAGAAGACCUCAUCAUCCGUCUCCACAAGCUCCUCGGCAACAGAUGGUCUUUGAUAGCUAAAAGAGUACCAGGAAGAACUGAUAACCAAGUCAAGAAUUACUGGAACACUCAUCUCAGCAAAAAACUCGUCGGAGAUUACUCCUCCGUCGUCAAAACCACCGUAGACGACGACUCUCCACCGUCGAUGUUCAUCAACGCCGCCACAACUUCUUCUCGUCAUCACCAACUGAACAAUAUUACAGGCAAGAGCUUAUCAGCUUCCUACGAGAAUAAACCAAAACUGGAUUUAACACAAAGCGACGUCGUUUUUGCAACUACUAAUGAUCCUCAGAGCCAUUUUUAUAGCAAUAAUAAUGCUUUUUGGGUUAGUGAAGACGAGUUCGAGCUGAGUUCACUCGUGAUGAUGGAUUUUGCUUCUGGUGAUAUUGGCUACUGCCUCUAG